CCUGGCUUAUUUGGGGAAAAAAAUUAAGAGGGAGCAGCAGCGGAGGCUAGUGAUAAAUUAAUUAGCCACUGCUACCACAUAACCCAGGGUGCGGAAACCUGAACCCAGCUCCGCGGCACAUCCACUACUAUUGCUAGCACCCCGGUUGCCACCCAGGUCAAGAUUCUGUUACCAGUUCAGGGUAACGACGAUGGCGGAACUGGUGAGGGACUGGCUGGCGGACUACCAGCGCAUACGGGGUCAGCCCUCGGAGGCGGAAGCGUUCGUCGUGGAGCACGAAACCGAUCCCGAGAUCGCCGAAGCCAUAUUCACCAUCUUCAACGAGCGACAGCGCAACGAGGCGCUGGUACACGACAUCUGCCAGCAGCUACUGGCCUUCUACCGCUCGCCGGAGCAGACGCUGCACAAGUUUCCGCUGCAGUUCAUCCCAGUGCUUCUCUACACAUACCUCCACUCGGUGGCCGGCGGCGAUAAGAAGGCUGCGCGCGACGUGGAGACGCUGCUCAUCUGCAUUUACAAUGGCGAGGUGUCCACAGAAGACGGCGGCCAGAAGGUGGUGGCCUUUCGCAUGCCCAUUCUGGCCCAGACGUCCGUUUACCACGAGGUAAAGAAUCUGCCCAUGACGGAUCUGCGCCGCUGGGAGGAGAACUGCAACCGGGAGGUGAAGUGGGGUCCACACCAGCGCAUCGAAUCGAUUCAUGCCCAGAACCGAAUGCGUAUUCUUACUGCUUUGCUGUUCUGCUACAACCAGCAGGUCAGCCAAACGCAGAAGUCUUCGCUACUGCACUUGUGCCGGGUCACAUCGCAGUUGGUGAACCAAGGAUUCACCACGAAGUCGGGUCACGGCCAUCGAAUGAGUUAUGGAUCUGAUCCUGCAACCGGAGUCCCUUUUCCCAAGCCCUCUUCACCACGCAUUCCACUGUCCGCCGCCUUCCUGAUCGAGCUGGUGCACGCCAUCUAUUUCGCCAUGUUUAAUGGCUUUGGCACGAUAGCCAUUCAGACACUGGACGACAUCCACAACCGGGCCAUCUACGAGAUGUACUCGGAAGUGAUCCUGGUGACCAGCGCAGUGCGCAAUUCGCUACACGCCAAUCCUUCCGGGCAGCCCAACGACGGUCCCAUGGGUCUGAGUGUGGCCUUAACGCCGUCCACAACAACGGUGACGACUUCGGUGUCCAAGUCUAUGAUCACAAACGCCUCCUUCCGUACGAAAAAACUGCCCGACGACAUACCCAUUCAGGUACAGGACCUCACCAUGCCGCAGGCUCCUCAGCAGCUGGCCAGUGUUACUGAGGAGACGGAACCGGGCACCAAGGAAUCGCCCUCCACGAAGGAGAGUUCCGGGACGCGCACUUCCAUCAUGCGGCCCAGCAUGGAGGGCAUUAAGGCACAGGCACACAAGGCGCUCAUUGCGGGCUUCAAGAAGUCUAAGGACAAGGAGAAAGAAAAGGACAAGGAGCCACCGAAGCCACCGCAGCGCAAGUUCGACAAGCACACGCAGCGCAACUCACUGCUCCAGCUGCAGGCGGAACCCAGUUCGAAUUCCAGCGCGGAACAGCCACCCACCGGCGAAGUGUUGCCCCUGCAGACGCUCUCGCUGAUCAACGAGAACGGCAGCAACAGUUUCAGCGUGGACAGCGACCUCAACGACGGCGUGCUGGGCGUGAGUGCCAACACAUCCCUGCCACCGCUGAGCAGCACCACCAACUCGGUGACCAGUAGCGACCUGAUCACCAAGAGCUUCGACUCCAGCAUUGAACUGGCGCCGAUAGGACACAGCAGCAGCAAUGGCGGCAAGUUGGCCGAGCACGGCUUGGCGGAGUAGUGCAAUCAAUCGUCUCGUUCCAAAGGCGAUUAGCCAAAUCCAAGUAUCAAGUAUAUAAAUUUACAACUGGGGUGAGUGGGUUUUAAAUGAAUGCAAUGAUAAGUGUAGGCAUUGUGCAGGCAUUUUUUUAGUAAUGCAAGGAUAAUUCUAGGGCAUUUCGUUUGCAGUUUUGAUCGAGUUAUACCAAUAUAUAUAUAAUUUAUCAUUAUUACCAGUUCGUCAAUAUAUAAAGUAAUGUUUCUGGUUAGAUGCAAUUAUAGCCCCUGCAUUUUGGUCGGACCCUAUAUUGUGAAUACUUAGAAUUAUCCAAAGAUUACAAGCCGACACAAAGGCAUCAUGACCCCGAAAUUCACUCACCCCAAAUUAUGUGUACAUUCGCCACCUACCGCUGUGUAUUAGACGAAUAGAACCGUGGCUCGAGAUUU